CUCCUACGAUAUCUAUCAUCUUCGGUUGUUCUUGUUUGGCGGCCGAAGCACUCAGCGCCGCAGCCACAUAUAAGCUACGCUGAUCGAUCGACUACGCGAUGGCGGAGUCCAAGAAGCUGCUCGUUCUGAUCUUUGCGGCCAUGGUUUCUUCACUGGAGGCGUACGUCUUCUACGCCGGCGGCCACGACGGCUGGGUCGUCGACCCCGCCGAGAGCUACAACCACUGGGCCGAGCGCAACAGGUUCCAGAUCAACGACACCAUCGUGUUCGCGAACGGCGAGGGGGCGGACGGCGUGCUGCUAGUGACGGAGCCGGACUUCGACGCGUGCAACACGCGCAACCCAGUCCGCCGGCUCGAAGACGGCGGCGGCCGCUCGGAGUUCCGGUUCGACCGGUCCGGCGCCUUCUUCUUCAUCAGCGGCGACGAGGACCGGUGCCAGAAGGGCAAGAAGCUGUACAUCAUCGUGAUGGCGGCCCGACCCACGAGGCCGGCGCUGGCACCGGCGCCCGGAUCGCCGCCGCCGUUGUGGGCAUCGGCGCCAGAGUACGGGCAGGCGCCGGGCAUGAGCGUUGGCGACGAGGCGAUGUCGCGCAGCAGCUCGAUGGAAGCGCCACCGCCGACGGCGGGUGCGGCAAGCCUGGACGGAGUCAUCACCGGCGCUGUUUUGGGGGUUUUAGGGGCUUUGGUGCUCUGAGAUGCCGUAGGGAUCGGAUCGGCCGUAGAGGUCGUUCCGUUGUUGUAAUUCCGUGCUGGUAUAUGGUCUACCGAUUACUCGUUGUGUGAUAGACUGCCGGUGCAAGUUAGUAUACUUCAGUACGGAGAGCUAUGAUUCGUACACUGAAUAAAAUGAUGAUGUUAUACUUAGGAGCAAGUACACAUGAAUGGAUACUGAAACCUUUUUCA